AUGAAUUGUCGAUCAUUAUCAAUGUUAUCUCGUUAUGUAAAAAUAAGUUCAAAUAUUGGAAAUCGAUGUAUACUAGGAUAUAAUAAUAAUUGUUUAGUUACUACAAAUGAAGAAUCAAAUCGUCGAUAUAUAGGAAAAAGUUCAUCGAAUACUCGUCGACCGAAUCGUAUUCGUCGAUUUCUUCGUUGGUUUGGAUGGGGAGCUGAACCCAUAGUAUCAUCAUUACCACCACCACCACCGCCAACAACAAUAAUGCAAAAAGUCAGACGUUUUUUUCUUAUAUCACCAUCAAUUGAACGAUUUUUACUUCGAUCUUAUAUUGUUGAAGAUGAAGAUUUAGCAAGAUUAUUAUCUAAAACAGCUGCUGUAACAAUAUAUGCUAUGUUAACUGUAACAACACUUGGAACAGUUGGUGUUGAUACAAAACCAUUAUUAGCCGGUAUUGGUAUAACAGGUUUUACUAUUGGUUUUGCUCUUAAAGAAGUUGCUACAAAUUUUAUAUCAGGAACAUUUCUUGUUAUUAAUAAACCAUUUGUUCGAGGAUGUAGAAUUAAAAUUCAUGGAAGUGGUGGUGGAAUUGAAGGUCUUGUUCAUUUUAUUGAUGUUCGAUAUGUUCAUUUAAAAACAAAAGAUCAUGGUAUAGUUAUGGUUCCAUCAGCAAUUGUUUAUACAAAUGCUUUUACAGUAUUUCCAGCAGAUGAUGAAGCAAAUGCUGGUUUUAUGGAUAUGACUAAACCAUCAAUAACUGAUCCAACAAAACAAAGUCAAUCAAUAUCAUUACCUUCAUCACCUAUAACCAGUUCAAAAGAGAAAAAAUUAAAAAUGAUAUUUGAAACCGAACCAGCAGGAACAUUUAAAAAAAUACCCACUAAAUGA